UUAGCUUGGUUUUAGAAUAUUUCAAAAAUAAACCGAGCGCUUUUGAGACAUUUAUGGGCAGUGACGAACAAUGGAAACUUGAUGCCAUCACAUUCCAUUGGAUCGGUUUGACUGGCACGCAUUUGCACGGUCCGACAGUGAGAGAGUGGUCGACGUCUAAAGACAAAUCCAUUAGAAUUUAAGCAUUUUGGAUACUUAAGAGGCCUCUGUUAUGCCUUCAAUAAGCCCUGUUCACUCACGUAGCGUGGAAGAUGAAGAAGAAAGAGGUGAUCAAAUCCAUAAAAUGGUUAGCCUUCGGAAAUCACGUUCUCCUGGUUCAACGUUGAGUGAGAGACUAAAAGCCGCACGGAAACUGAUCCCAUCGUAUCCUGGCAGAGCAAAAUUAGUACGGUCUGUUAGUGAAAGCAGCGGAUUAACAUUAACAACAAACGACGAGAGAAUCCGUUCCAAAGCAGAAACAGAGAGUUGCGCAACGAUUCAAGACUUUCGUACGUUCUUCCGCGAACAUGCCAUCAUCAUGGAAUUCAAACAUUUGGGCCAAAAUCCAGUUGGUGGAGUGUAUGUAAUGCCAUCACUGAAGUCACUACAAGUCUGGCAUGGGAUAAUAUUUGUGAGAGUAGGACCUUACAGACAUGGCAUCUUCCGAUUUGUUGUUAUACUUGAAGAUGAUUUUCCUCAAAGCCGACCUCUUUUGAAAUUUACUACAGCAGUCUUCCAUCCUCAAGUCCAUCCAGCUAAUGGUGUACUUAACUUGGAUAGUCAUUUCCCCCUGUGGCAAAGAGGUAAAAACAACAUAUGGUGAGUAAUAUUGAGCUUUAUUAUAUAAACACCAGUGAAAUACCAGGAUUUUUCCUUUUACUAAAAAAUCAUAUCU